UGGUUGAAUCCUAACAUGUUUCCUAUCUUGUUUGUCAUUUAUGUGGAGGCUGCGAAUAUCGUUUGCUCAAGUAUUCAGCCUUACCAGAAUAUACCUAUUCUUAAAUUUAUGAAAGAAAAAUUGGGUCCUGAUGCAGAUGUUGCUUGGGCUCGAGAUCAUAUUCAAAGAGGCUUUGCUGCUCUUGAGAAGCUGUUGAAAGAUUAUUCUGGAAAGUAUGCUACCGGGGACGAAGUUUUUCUGGCUGAUUUAUUUCUGGCACCGCAGAUUGAUGGUGCCAUUAGAAGAUUCAAGGUUGACAUGGAUGAGUUUCCUCUUCUGGCGAGGAUUUUCAAGGCAUAUUUAGAGCUACCUGCAUUUCGGGAUGCUAUGCCAGAAAGGCAACCUGAUGCACCAGCUGAGCAUCGAGACUGAGCUUGCUGUUCUUCGUCAGGUAUUCAAUAUGAAAUCCCCGGCAUGGCAAACAUGGGGUGGUGGAAACAAGAAAUCACGAAAGCAGGAUAAAUAAGUGAUGACCAAUAUCCAUUGAUGUCUAUACUCUGCAGACAAUUUCUAACUUUGUACAAAUGUUACUCAUCCAUGUUUGUUUAUUUCCCAUGGCGGACUUGCUUCAUUUCCAAAGAAGAGGUGAACUGACUUCGUCCCAGGAUGAAGCAGUACCUUUGUAAGCAAUACUACUGUGUGUUUAACUUAGCAUGUCGUCUUCCACCUGAUAAACCAAGUAAAGCAAAUCAAUGUUUUUUGUUUUUUA